AUGGCAGACGAUGAGCUGGCGAAUAAGCUAAAUCGUCGAAACUUAAUCAACGAAGGUGAAGAGGGCGCCGUUCUUCCAUCAACUAUUAUCUUCAAUCCAUACACUGAAUUCAAAGAGUUUAGCAGGAAGCAAAUUCAAGAUUUUCAGAAGACAUUUAACAAGUAUGAUGUUGGAAAUGACAAAUUUAUUGACUUUCAUGAGCUGAAGCUGAUGAUGGAGAAGCUAGGAGCUCCACAAACUCAUUUGUCAUUGAAAGCCAUGAUCAGUGAAGUGGAUGAGGACCAUGACAAUCGAAUAAGCUUUAGAGAGUUCCUAUUGAUUUUCCGUAAGGCGGCAGCAGGAGAACUUGAAGAGGGAAGUGGACUCUAUGACUUAUAUGCUAAUCUGACAGAAAUAGAUGUUGAUAAAGAAGGUGUCAAGGGUGCAAAGAACUUUUUUCAAGCAAAGAUUGAGCAGCAGACAGCAGGUAAGAAGUUUGAAGAGGAAAUUCGUCAGGAACAGGAAGAAAAGCGACGACAAGCAGAGGAGGCCAAGGAGCGCAAAAAAGCAUUUAAGGAAAAGGCUAGUAUGUUUAACCAGGCCUAACCCUUUUGAUGCUGGACCCCAGUAUUGGUAGAGAUGUAUUUUUUAAGUCCAUUUUGGGAUCACUGCUUGACUCUAACAGUACCAUUGAAUAUCUCUUAAGUCUUUAUUUCGGAUUUUUUUUUGUUUGUUUGCAAGGGGAAGAAAGCUCUUAUUGUAACUUCCAACCACAUCUUGUCAUUAGCUUAUUUACUCUGAUAGCUGCUUAACUUCUGUACAUUAACUUUUGAUUUAGUCACUGCAGUCAGCAUUAAUGAUAAGCUAGAAUAAGCAUUGAACAGUAGAGUUCAUUGUGAAAAAAAUAGUCCUUAUUUAAUUAUGUGUGUUUAGGAAUUAGCUUUUAGGAGACAAACACCAUUUUCUGGCUUAUGCUUCAACACUUUGACAUUUAGUGUACAUGUGCAGUUGUGUGCAUGUGUACACACACAACACUGCUGAAGGGAUUAAUAGACCAAAGCUGUGGCAGCUUUUUUUGCCAGUAAUAUUGCUGACAUUUUAGUACAACUGCCAGCAAUAUUAAUUUUACUACUUUUUCUUGUUGUGGAUGAUCAGUUGUGGUAUCAUUACACCCAUUAUGGCAAUAGCAUGCAGUUUUGAUCUUGUACAAUCUUGGCAUAGAAAUCGAUUCUUAUGAGUUUCAACAAGCGGUUGUAUUGCAAUAAAUGGUUUACUUGUGAUAGUGCUGGGGAAAAAAAAGGAUGGGACUGUUUUAAAAUGCAUUGAUUAUUUUGUUUUCUUUGUCUUAUUUUUCCUUUCAUUUCCCUUUGUCUUCCUCAGUAAAAGCAAAGAUAUAUCUGCAACAGUGGACUCGCAAUAUAUUGUUGCACAUUCAAACAAAGCUUACAGUGGUGGUAUCACUUUUCUUCCUCAUCAAAAUGUCCGUUGGCAGGUUUUGCUAGAUUUCCCAAUUUCCUAUUUGUCUAUAUGUACACAAAGUAUUGUUAUGGAAACUAGAGCUUAUAUUUGCUAGUGGGAGAAUCUGCUGAUUUUGUGAAUUUUUUAAAUAGCUCCCAGAAUGAUGCUUUAUUCAAGUUUCUUUCUUUAGUAACUUCCUAUACAGCAGAUUUUAUUUUCUUUGUACGGUGUAAGUGUCUGUGAGCAAACCACUGCAGCUCUUGGAUACAAGCUUUUGCAUAAUCCCUGAGCGGGUGUGUGGGCUUGAGCAUACGGAGCAUUGUGUGUGCGCACACGUGUGCAUAUGUGGGUGUGUACAUAUUUAUAUGUGUUUAUGAUUGCACUCUUGAAUGCAUAGCCAGUGAUGGUGCAACAAGUUUGUGAAAGAAAUGAAUAAUUGCUACUUUUUCAGCCGUUUUGUGGUUCUUUUGUUUUCAUAUGGUAUAGAUAUAGACCUUUUUGGAAAGGAAAAUAGUUUUGUAUUGCUUUUUAUCAAGCAAUCAAAAUGGUAGUCUUUAAUGUGGUACUUUAGAUAAGAUAUUUUGAAUGGGUAGUAGCUGAAAAAUAUUACAAUUCUUCACCUACCUUUUUAUUUUUACGAUGCUCAUAAAAAUAGCAUGUUUUAUGGUCACAUACUCUGUACGCUCAGUUUGUGUGUGGUUUUUGUUCGAUGGAAGGCCAAAUAUAUUGGAUAAUUGGCUUCAGAUGAGGUUUUUGCAUUGUAUAAGUACAUAAUAGUUAUAAAUGGAAAUAGCUGCAGAUUAAUCUGAAAGAACUGCAGAGUUACAAAGAGAAAGAUUUUUUAUGUGAAUAACUAUACAGUACCAUUAUAUCAUCAUUAAACAUAGUUCGUCAUCAUAUCUGUUUUCUAUGAUGACAUUGGCAUGCCUUAGAUGCAAAGCAUUCAUAAUAGAAAAUGUCUUAUUAUUAAAUUUGUUUGCUCAACUGCCAGAACUCUUCAAUUAUUGCAGGAUGUAAUCCUGAUUAUUAGUAAACUAUGCACUUGCCAUUUCCUGAGCACUUCCAUCUGAUCAUUUUAAAGCAACAUUAAAAUUGCUGCUUAUUACAUUUUUGUAUUGUUUAUAUCAGACUUGGGUCUCAUUUUUGAAGCUACUUUUAUCAAACCCAUAAUUUUCAUAUUUAUCCCUGUAGACUUACCUCACCGUUUUGCAGUGUUUUAUCUUUCAAUCAAAACGGGAAUUUUAUUGAUCCCAAAUGAUCUGAAUCAAACAUUAUGAGGUGUGAAUUCAGUUAUCAGACUUGGAAGCAUUUAUUAUCACUCAACAUUUAUUUCAGGAAUGUAGGGAAGAUCUGAUUAAAUUAAAAGUUAUCCUCAAACCCACAAGGCACCUAAAAAAAUAAAUACAACAAAAUCAUUAAAAACCCACUGACAAAUGUUGAAAUACACAUUUUUCUGUAAAAGUGGAAGUUCAAAAAAACUGCAGAUGAGUAUUUGUGAAUUAUAUUUAAUUAAACUGCCAAUAGAAGUUUCUGUUUCGUAAAAUUAUACAAAGCUUUUUGUUUAUAAAAUUGUCCAAAUACUAAAUGUAUUAUGUUUUCUCAUUUGUUAAAAUUAAAGAGAUAAGGGGUAGAGUGCUGUAAUACAAUUAGAAUUAUUGGGAUCAGUUACUGUAAGAUUGUAAAGGAGGAUAUAGAUGAAAAAAAGAAUGCAUGAUUAAUGAUGAAUGCAGAAUAAUUGAAAUCCCAUAGCAGUGGCAGGCUACCCCCUCAAAAAAAAACAAACAAACAAAAACUGACAUAUUUUUGGAAACUAGUUGUAAAAAAUCUGGAUCAAAAGUGAAACUGCUUUAGGCUUUUUCAAUAAACUGUUGAAGAUAAGCUAUUUUCUCGUUUCUUAUAUUGUCUUUCAGGAUUAAUACUUAUCAGUGCCAUUUUCUGUUUUUUGUUUUGCUUUCCAAGCAACAUUUCACUUCUUUGACUAGCCCCAUCAUGAAUUGCUUCAACUUUUCAUAGGUUUCUCUCUCACCAGCAUGGGCAUCUAGAGUUCAACAGUUUACAUUUCUGCUGAAAGAUGUACAAGUGAGAUUUAUAAUAAGUUUACAUGAUAAGGUGCUGGCACUGACUGCUGUUUUCAUCCUUUAAAAUCAGAUUAGUGGCGUAAACUUUAUUAAGCAAGCAGUGUAUUAGUAUUUUCUGGAAAAUUGUGAUAGCGUGUUUGGUAAAAGUGUAGAAAUGCUGGUUUCCACUGAGUACCAUAACUUUUUGGGACCUUCUCUAAUUCAUGGCAUUCACUGAGACUAUAUUUAUUUAAAUAUCAUCAUGAGAAAGUGAUUGGUGAUCACCAGAAAUCCUGAUGUGAUUGGUGAAAACAAGGAUCAAUAUAGUAAAACCUUCUGUUGACCAAGUUGUUCUCCUUCACCUACUGUAAUUGCUUGUGUGAAAAGGUGAAAUUAGCAUUUUUGUAGUUCUUUGUAAUUUAGCUUUGUUUUGAAAAGGUCCCUGUGUUUUUGGAUUAAACAAAAUGGUCGAGGUUACCUAUUGCUCAACAUUUUUCUCUAAACUGGUGGUAUCAUCCACAGAGUUCCAUUAUUGGUGCCUUGGCAGAUCUGAGCCCUUAGGAUUAAAUAUUUAAUCCUAAAUAAUAAGAUUAAAUAUUUGAAUUUUUAGGAAUUUUUUUAUAAGAUUUAUGGUAGAUAUUUUUUUUUUUUGUUCUGUGACUGUGGUCUUAGAACUGUAUGAUAAAUGUUCCUACAACAUAACAGUUUUUAAUUAAAGUUUAUAUCCUAUUGAACAUUAGAUCUUAUAGAUGAUAAACUAAGAUUCAGACUUCAGAGAAUACAGCAAACCUGCAGACAUUGCAUGCACACAAUUACAAUAAGGGGUGAGGGGGGGUGGCGUAUGUCAACAAGAUGUUUUGACUGUUGAAUCAGCAAGAUGGCAUGCAGAGACAGCUCACAGUCUGCUUUCUUUUAUCAGAUUGUAUACUGCUUAUAACAAGGGAUUAUAAAUUAAAACAAACAUAAGAUAAAACCGGGCAUUCUGAAAUAUGUUCCUGCAAUAUAAAAUAAUAUGCAAUUGAAACUGCCUCUUCUUUAAUCAGCGCAGUACCUGUAACUUUUUUUUUUCUUUCUGAAGUUUUGGAAAUGUUUUCUCUUUACAAAUCUAAUUAGGAUUGUACAAUGGAAAACAUUUUUUAUUAGUAAUUAUGUCUAUAAAUGAAUAAGCGUACUUGUUUCAUUGGCAUUUUUAGAUUUUUUUAAAUAAUGAAACAGGCUGCAAAUCUGUAAUUAGCAUUAAGUCUGUUUUAUGCUAUGAACUGUAUCCUGUAUUUUAUAUACUGUGGUUUCAUUCAAGUGAUUGACAAGAUGCUUACAACCAGAAAUCAAAAUUUUGCUUUUAUUUGCAUCAAAAUCUCAUUCAGUUAUUAAACAUACGAUCUGAUAAAUGAUGGUUUUUUUUUUGAGUUUCAAACAUAGAUUCAAAUGUUCUUUGGAGUCUCUUAAUCUUUAUAAUAAAAUAAUAAAAGAGUGAAGUUUUCUUCCCAAUAAUGUGUUUAAUGCAAAAUGUGGUACAGUCUGUAUUCAUCGGACCUAGAUAUUGAUAUUAUCUUAACAAUUUGUAACAGGUACAAGAUUUUUGUUUGGUGUGUUUCUGUCUGUGCACACAAGUUGCUUUUUUUGUCUAUUUGUGCAUGCACAUGCUAGCACACAUGUGUAGGCACACACACACACAUGCUCUCUCUCACACAAAGAGAGCUAACAUUUUCUAAUUUCAAAAAGAAAAAUGUUGUGCUAAGUGGUGUAAAUUGUAAGAGUGAUUAGUGUGUUGCUGAAAUGGUCUGAUGUCUUUUUGUGUACUCUUGCCUGUAUCCUUUAAAGUACAUAAAAUAUGUUAAACAUAUACAUUUUUUUUACAAGUUUAUUGACUGUUAAGUAUUUCUGUGAGCAUUACAAAGCUCACGUGUAUUGUUGCAUUAUAUUAACCAUAACUGAUUAAAUUUAAGAUAUUUUGCUCACUUCA